AUGGCUUCAGAAAGCCAUGACGGUAUCGUUGCCGAGCAAGGGUCUUCUGUGUGGUCCGUCCUUCGAGAAGAAGCAUGUGAACUUCACUGGUACGUGUUGAUCGUCGCAUGCCUCCUCACUUUUGGGAGCUACUACAUCUACGACUUCCCUGGGUCCAUCGGCAGCGGCAGAGGCAACACUAUCGAGAACCACUUCAAAGCGCAUCAGAAGAUCUACACGGAGAGCAUGAACCAGUACCUUUACAGUGUGUACUCGUGGCCGAAUACGGUCCUCUCCAUUGUGGGCGGCCUCCUCAUCGACCGGUAUCUCGGACUGCGCAGGGCGAUGCUCCUCUUCUCCGUACUCAUUCUGACUGGGUCAGUUCUCUUCUACAUCGGCGUACAUGCGACGACGUAUUGGAUUAUGUUUGUCGCCCGCAUCGUGUUUGGCCUGGGCGGGGAGUCGCUCAGCGUCUCUCAGUCCGCUUUUGUGGCGCGAUGGUUCAAGGGCCAUCGCGGGAUGGCGCUUGCUUUCGGGAUCACCAUUAGCUUCUCUGGCAUCGGCUCAUCAUUCAACUUUUUGUUCGCACCAGCGAUCGCGAACAAGUGGAGUGUCGACGCGGCUGCCGUUUCCGGCAUUGCUGCCUGCCUCAUCUCAAUGCUUGCGUGCGUUGUGCUGGUGAUGGCCGACCGCAAUGCCGAGUGUCGCGGCUACCUAUCCGUUGCUGUAGAGGACGAGAGCGACUCUACGGAGAAGGACGAGUCGGUGUGUUCAGACGUCUUGCAGAUGCCGUUGGCGUACUGGCUGCUCUGCGCCGUUUGUGUAUUUUGCUACACCGCCAUAUUGCCUUUCGUGGGUGUGGGCAAGAACUUCUUCCAGGUCAAGUACGGUUACACCGGCGACGCAGCAGCCCGCUGCCUUUCCUUCUAUCGGAUCACCUCCGCCGUGGCGAGUCCGGUCAUCGGAUUGGCGGUGGACUCGGUGGGCCGCAACACAUGGUGGCUCAUUCUCGCCUGCUCCUGCUUCGUUGCCAUCCACGUGUUGUUCAUGGCGACAAUGAUCCCUGGCGUUGUUCUCAUGGUGCUUAUGGGGUGCUUCUACACCUUUCUGGUGUCGGGGCUGUGGCCCUCGGUGCCAUGGGCGGUGCCAAGCACAGUUGUGGGGGUGGCGUACGGCGCGAUGACCUCGAUCCAGAACAUCGGCUUGGCAUUGUUUCCGAUGGUUGUGGGCGCAAUCCUGGAUCACUUCCGGCAAAACGGCAACAGCACAGCAGAGCUGACGCAGGAUUUGCCGCCGUUGGAGGCUUACAUGUGGACGGAGGCGCUCUUUUUAGUUUCGGCUUUGAUUGCCUUUUUGGCGAGCGUGACUUUACUUGUGGAAGACCAGCGCACGGGAGGAGUGCUUAGUGCCACAAGCGCCAAGCGGCCGCAGAUCGUAGAGGACCUCAAUCGGCUACAGAAUGACUUUGAGGGUGUCGUGCCAGACUUGGAAGGUGUGGAAUACGAUGGAGAGGAGUCGCAAGAUCAGGUGACAGAGCCACUCACAGGCACUGCGCGCGUGGACGCUGUGCCCAACGAAGUGGCCACGCGAGCGCACUCCAUGAAGUGA